AUGAUAAGGAACAAUAAAAAGUUAACGCACGGUUAUCCGCAGUCGAAAAUUGGCCAAGGUGUUAAUGCGCGUACCAAUAACAAACAACGAGGUCACCAGCAAUCAUAUAAUGCUUCUGGAACAUCCAAUUGCACGCAAACAUCUAAUCAGGCUCAAUCAGCUGCAGUUCCACUUGUUCCGGUUCAUCCUGCUGUCCAGUGGCAACCUGUGCCCUUGUACCAGCUUCCUAAUAAUUAUCAGAUGAUUUUACCUGCUGUACAUCAGUCUCCAUAUCAAUCUCUGUAUCAACCUCAGUACCAAUCUCAACCACUCCCCGUUAACUUUCAUCCGGCGCAGACCCAAUAUCCUCCACAAAGAGCAAAAAAGCUUAAAGAAGAAGGUGAAGUACUUAAUAAUUCAUUCAACAUAGUUAAAAACAGAGGAAAUGAAGAAAACACAGAAGAAUUUGAGGAAGAAGAAAUAGAUGAGAUGGAAAUAGAAGAAAUAAAAAUAGAAGUCAUUGAAGAACCACCAAACAACGAAGUGAAGGCUAUUCCAGAAAAUAAUCAAGAAAACAAUGUAAGCAAUUAUGAAAAUAGUAGUAACAAUAGAAUAGUUAUUAACUUUGAGCAUUCAGAGCAAUGGAAUAAUCGAGAAAUAAGAAAACUCGAUGGAUCCAAACUUGGUGAUUUGAAUCAAAACACCGAUCAACGUUUGUGUAAUGUUAACCAAGUAUUCUCUGAGUCAUCAGAGAAACGAGGUAAUCGAGCAUCUAAAACACUCGAUGUAACUGAACUUGGUGAUGUAAAUAUACAUAGAAGCUCUUUAAUAUCUUCUGAAAACGAAGCAAUGCCUAGUAAUGUAACGCAAGAAACUUACGAUACUCUAAAUCUAUCUUGUGAUGAACUUGAUGAUUUCAGUGACGGCGAAGUAUACUUUGAGUCAUUUAGAGUUCAAAAACACCAAGAGUUACACGGUUUUGCUGAAAAUGAAAAUGAUUAUUCUAGUGAGAACCGGAUUCAUUCUCAUUUAGGUACGUCAUUUGAUUCUGGAGAUUCUAAUAGUAAUUUUGAAUCAUUGUUUCAAAAUAGAACUAAUGAACAAGAAAAUCUUUCACAAGAAAGAAACUCUUUUAUUUUAAAUAAUAAUGAUUUGACCAAUAACAUUGAGAAUUUGGAUCAAUCAUUUUCUGCUAAUAACCGAAGAAAUAGUUCCUCUACUAUUACUGGCCGUCGAAUAGUUGAUAUGACUUACUUUUUAAAAGAGAUGCAGAAUUUUGUGAUAGGUACUGGCAGUACGUUUACAGCUUUUCAAAGUACAUUAGCAGUAUUUGAUAUACCUUAUAUUUCGCACAAAACUUUCCAUAAAUACCAACAAAAAUUUACAUCUACCAUUGAUGGUGCUCUUGCUGAUAAAAAUGAAGGUUAA